AUGAACUGGGGAAUUGGAUUUUGUAAUAAAAUAGAAUUUCUACUGUCACCGGGGGGGGGGGUGGGGGGUGCCCCCGAUUUUCUUUUUACCAUAAGAUUCUACGAAAAAUUUGGCACCGAAUACAAUCCUAAAUAA